AUGUCAUCGCUUCGUGUUCUUCAUCUAGUUGGCUCUACAUACAACGAUUUUUAUUGUGAUCUAUCAUAUCGAUAUGCGGAAGGUUGUUUAGAAAAUACAGCCAAUGUUUCGUCGAUAAAAAACUUUCAAAUUGCAUAUGUAACACCCGAUAGUUAUUGGCGAUUUGUUUCUUCGCUCAAACAAGACGAUAUUGAUGCCGCCAAACCAAUGUGUCUGGUCGAUGCUAUACAAUAUAUCAAAAAAGAAGGUUUCGAUCUUGUCAUACCACACAUGUAUUGCAUACCUGGAGUGACGUAUUAUCGUGCAUUGUUCGAUCUUCUUCGCAUACCUUACAUCGGAAAUACGCCAGAUGUCAUGGCGUUAACAGCUCAUAAAGGUAGAACCAAGGCAGUUGUUGCAGCAGCAGGUGUUAAAGUUCCCGCUGGUGAAUUACUUCGUCGUGGAGAUGUCCCAACUAUUCUACCACCAGUCGUUGUCAAACCCGUAAGCGCUGAUAAUUCCUUGGGUAUAUCGUUAGUUAGGAAUAUGAAAGAUUGUAGUGUUGCACUUGAACAUGCGUUUCAACAUGCAGAUGAAGUCUUAGUAGAAAAAUUUAUUGAACCCGGUCGAGAAGUUCGAUGCUGCAUUAUUGUAAAAGAUGGCCAACUCGUUGCUUUACCAUUAGAAGAAUAUCUUUUAGAUAUUAACGAUCGGCCCAUUCGUGAUUAUGCUGUUAAGUUUCCCGAAUUAGAUGAUGAUGGUGAAUUUAUUGGUUAUCCCGACGACGAUGUUGGAAAACAUUGGAUUACGAAUACCAAUGAUCCGGUAACUCAGCAAGUUCAAGAAAUGGCGAAGAUAUGCCAUCGGGCUUUAGGUUGUCGGCACUAUAGCCUAUUCGAAUUUCGAAUCGAUCCUAACGGAGAAGCUUGGUUUCUAGAAGCUGGUUUAUUUUGUUCAUUCGGUGAUGGUGGCGGAUUAUCCCUGAUGUCCAAAACUGCUGGAAUAUCUUUAGAAAAUUUAAUUGAAACAAUGAUUAAAGAAGCAAUGAACACCGUCUGA